GCAGGGGAGUGGGGGUGGGGCAGGGCAGCUGCCUUAGCUGCUUUUUCUUUCCAGAGACCUUCCUGUUUCUUCAAACAUUUUCUGGGCCCCUUGCUUGAGUUUUCAGCUUUCCCAUUGCCAGCUGCCUGUGGUCCCAGGACUCAGGCUAUGAUUUUUUCCUGCUAGUCAUCCUCAUCAGUAUCCCCACUCAAGAAAGGGCAUCACUCCCAUAGGAGAUUUCCAGACCAACCGUCCUAAGGUCCAAGGUUACUGCUAAGAAGGCAGUUGUGUACAAGGCUUGCCUGACUGACAUCUUUGGUUUGAAGAGGUGGAUUGCUGACCAGAGCUCUAACAUCGGGCCGAUCUUGAGCCAGCUUUGGCCUUCUCUGCACGCCUAAACCAUUUAUCAAAAUGUUUAUCACCAUUCUCCAUGGAGAUCAUGAAAAGACCUUAUUUAAUUCUCACUGCAAAGUAGAGGCGCUAUUGAGCAGUAUUAAGCAGUGCUGUGGCUGUGAGCCUGAAGAGAUGAUUGAACUGGCAGACGAGAGUGGUCAGUUGAAAAACCUUCUCCAGUACCCUCAACUCUAUGCAUCUGAACUGCUGAAGCCCCGAGAAACCUAUAUCCCUUUCUCUGUAAAACGACCUGAAGGUUCAUCAGAGCCAGUCUUUGUGGCUCUACUAAAAGAUGAAGUUAUUGACUCUAAAUUACUAGCUACCCUGAGGCUUGCAAGAAACUCCAACUCCACAGUGUCUGAGAAGCAACCAAAACCUGGGAAGACCAAGAGAAAAACUGUGACUUCUGAAGCUCGGAGCCAAAAGGCAAACUGAGAACCUUCCCAUGGAGCAACAGGAGGCAGGAUGGGACCUAGGGAUAUGUGCUGGAUUCAGAGUUGGGGGACAUGGGUUUGAAUCCUGGCCCUGCCACAGAUGACCUUUGUGACUUUGAACAAGUCCCUUUACCCCCUCUGGGGCUCAGUUUCCUCAUCUAUAAAAUGAAGGGGAUGGAUAAAAGAUCUCUAAGAUCCCAUCAGGCUUUAAUUCUAUGAAAUUAGAGCAGAAUCAUAUCCAUAUCAUGUCCUUUAUAUGGGAUGGGAGGACACUGUGAAAGGGCAUUAUGGCAAAAUAUCUGCUUUAGCUGCUAGUAAAACAUUUCCACAAUCUGUAAUAAAUAUCAUAUGCAUACACUA